CCGCCUGGCUCAUUGCAGCGCGUGUUUAAUGAACACCAGCCAGCUGGUUAGCGUCACGUUAGUUCAAGUCAGUAAUAGCAAACGUUAGCUAACGCUAAACGUCUCAGACGCCGGCUAGUUAGCACGCGAGCUAAACACACCGGUAACGUUAGCGUGUCGCUUAUGUAAACUGAGCUCACUACGGGGUUUAAAGAUUUAACGAUGGCUCACAAUCCCGGUGUCGUGCCGAUUAUUGUUUAUAUUUAAUGUGUUCUCAUGAGCCGCUAAACAUUUCAUCAUAUAAGCUGGCGGUUGAAGCCGAGCGGCAGGGGGAGGGGAGGCCUCUAGCGGUAGCGGGAGUCAACAUCUGGACAUGUCUCUAUCCAGACGUUAGUCGGAGCCUUUUACAAUGGAAACGUAGAUACCCAUUGUACUUUAUAUGACAAAGAACAUCCCUACAUUUGAGAUGCUGGAAACUGCAGUCACCUUUUAGUGGUACUUCUUGGAUCGAUCGCAACCUCCUCUGAUUGAUUUUGUCAACACGAUUUUUCCUAAUAUAUAAUUUCCAAUAUGGAAAAACAUAUGUAAGCUCUGACGCCACACGUGUGUCAUGACCCCCAGAGAAUCAGAGGGUCUUUCUGUUGGGUUAUGCAUUUCAGUAACAGCUUGACCAUUGCUCAAAGUAAAGCAGAGAUAAGGGAUCCAUGUGCAUGGAUGACAACAUGUAUUACUGGACCACAUCAACCAGCCCACGAGAGGGCUCUUUAGGGAUUGAGCACUUUAAAAAAAAUCUACAUCAAAGUAGUUUGUCAUCCAAAAAAAGUUAUGUUACGAUCUUUAUUUAGCUUUAAAUGAUCCGUGUCCGUUUUUUUACAGCGGUCAACCCACAGCAGAUCCACACUUUACUUUACAGCUCUAAGUGAAAUAAAACAUAUGGACGGAGACAGCUCGACCACCGACGCCUCCCAGCUGGGCAUCACUGGGGAGUACAUGGCAUCCGGUCACUACGUCCUCCAAUCCCAAGACGAUGACGGGGACGAGAAUCUGAAUGACCACGACGAUGGCAGCAUCAAGGAGAACUUCAGGGAGCAGGACAUCUAUCUCCCCAUCGCCAACGUGGCUCGCAUCAUGAAGAACGCUGUUCCUCAGACCGGAAAGAUCGCGAAAGACGCCAAGGAGUGCGUGCAGGAGUGCGUGAGCGAGUUCAUCAGCUUCAUCACGUCGGAGGCGAGCGAGCGCUGCCACCAGGAGAAGAGGAAGACCAUCAACGGCGAGGACAUCCUGUUCGCCAUGUCCACGCUGGGCUUCGACAUGUACGUGGAGCCCCUGAAGCUCUACCUGCAGAAGUUCAGAGAGGCCAUGAAGGGAGAGAAGGGGAUUCCUGGAGUGGCGGUGGGCGACGGGCUGGUAGACGAGCUCACAGACGACAGCUUCUCAAAUCCACUGCCAGCUGGGAUCAUCACAGCGGACGGCCAGCAGCAGAACGUGAUGGUGUACACCACCUCGUAUCAACAGAUUCCCACCGUGCAGCAGAUCCAGUUUUCAUGACGAGGCCUUCGCCCCCGAGCCUGAACACAGCGGCCGGGUGACCUCCGACCCCGCCACGGGGUAGAGGUCAUCAGACAGGGAGGAGGAGGAGGAGAGGGGGGGUCUCAGAGCCCCCGUGUACAGAGAAUCACUACCUGUUCAGUAGACGGUGUCGUCCCUAGUUGUGAGGUACCAAAUGUUUUGGAGUGCAUCCAAACCAGCUGUGAGAAAUCAAGGCUUUAUUUUAAAGGCAAGUCUUAUUUCAUGACUUAGUGGUCAAAUAGUUUUUUUUCUUUUUGUGAGCGUGUGUUGUUUUUAUGCAUUUCUUUCUCGGUGUGGGGAGGGGGGGGGGGUAUAAUGGGAAGUGUUGUGUUGGAUGUUUAUUUUGGAACACCUCUGUUCUGAACGGAGAGGAGGCCCGUUGUUACUGUCUCAUCUGAUCAUGCAGCUCUUUUGUAAGUUAACAUGAUGAACCAUGUGCUUUAAUGUUAUGUCAAUCCUUUGAAUAAAAAUUCAAAAGUGAUGUUUAAAAUGUG